AUAAAUUAUGUUUUUCUACUCAGUUAGCUAUACAAAUUUCCUGAUUAGAUUAAAAUGCUUAAGGGAGAAGAAACAAGAUUUUUCUUGAUGUCACUGAUGAUUGUGGUGACAGUGAAAGCAGCUGUUAUAACUCUAAGUCCUGUUUCUGUUACUACAACUCUCAAUACAAUUGUGAACUUUGCUUGUGAAGGAAGUGGUGAACAACUUUUCUGGAGAGUUCAGGCAGUCAUUUUAACUGAUUCCAUUAAAAUACAACGUGAUAUUACAGUUACUGAUUUUGAAGUUUCUGGAAAUUUAUCAUCACUUCUAACAAUUACUGCACUACCUAUUAACAAUGGAAUCAACAUUGCAUGCCACAUAUACUCCUUUGAACCAUCAUUCCAACAAGAUCUAUCUGGUGGAACUUUAACUAUUAGAGGAGUAUCAACAGUUGAAGAUAUACAAUGGUCCAUUGCUUUGCAAACAUUGUCAUGGUUGCCACCUACAUUUUAUUCUGAUGAUAUACCACUAGGAGAAAAGCCAAUAUAUAAUGUACUAAUCAAUGGUAUCAGUGUUACUAAUAUUACUGAUACUAGUUUAUGGUUGAAUAUAUCUUCUUGUACCACUGAGUUUAAUGUCAGUAUUGUUACUUCUGUUAAUGAAUACCAGUCAAUUGCAAUGGAGUAUAGUGUAGAUAACAAUGGAGUUUACAACAUCAGUAUUGUUAACUAUACUCUAAUAUUCAAUGAAACUAGUAGCAAAUAUUUUUAUGUGGAACUGUUAAAUUUUAUACAGAGUAACAAAAGGUUUUGUGACAUUGCCAUAGUUGGCAAAAUUCAAUCUUGGGAGGAAGAUGCUGAGAAAUACUAUUCUCCAGAGAAUAUUGCAACUGACAUGAGAGAAACAUAUGUAUUGUACAUAAUGGAUGGACUUGAGCCUUGCAAAACAUAUACUGCAGUGAUCAGUGUAAUAAAUACUCUGAAAAAUAUAAUUGAAAAUGAAGAUAAUGUUACCAUUACUUCAAGUCCUAAUAGUAUACAAGAUGUUGUUUUAUCUACUGAAGGGAAUGGAUCAGUUAGUGUUCGAUGUGUUUAUGAAGAAUCAUCAACUGUUGAUGGAUGUUAUGUGAUAUUUACACACACUGUUAGUAGAAAGAAGGCAUCAUUUUAUAUAACAUUUGAUAAUAGUACACUGAUAUCUUUGCCAACAAAUGGAGUCUAUACUGUAACUGCAUAUGCCAUUACUAACAUGACUAUUGUUCCAUGGUCAUGUGUACAACCAAAAGAAGUAGCUCUAACUAUAACCACUAAAACUGCAUUAGAUCUAUACAGCUCUUCAUGUACUGAUGGUAUAACAUCUAGUAUCAUUGAUACCACAGAUGCAUUCUAUGUGUCAUCAACCAUAGCAAUAUCAAUGCUACCUUCAGUCCCUAGUAGUCAAUCAACACUAUCAGCUUCAAUAGUGCUCUUAUCAACAUUUGGGGGAUUGUUACUUGUACUCAUGUUACUGAUAAUCAUAUCAGUUGCUUGGUGUCUGAGAAUAAGGAACAAAAAAUUUAAAGGGCCUAUUAUGGAGAAUCCAGCAUAUGGACAAGUGGUUGAAUUGCAGCAGCAGAGGCCAUCAAGAGUAAGGACUGAAGUUAACCCAGCUUACGAGACAGUACUGCCACAUGCUAAUAAUGCAUUAUAUGAAUCUGUUUGGUGAAACAAAAUAUGGGAUCAAAUCUCAAAAGAGCGGAUUCGGCGAGUUGAAUCAUAGAUAUAACUAAAGCAUAAUAAUAAUA